AUGGCUGUGUUCAAUCAGACGGUUGGUGGUGGGACCCCUAUCAGUGACGUGUAUGACAAUUCAGCACUAACUCCAGAACUUCUCCAGAAAGCUGAAUCUGAAUUGAUGGAAAAACCAUCCUGGAGAGACAGAGAUAUCCAAGCUCUCAGAGAUAUGAUUUCUGAUGAUCCUGACUUGGUAUCCCGUACAGACGAUGCAUUCUUGUUAAGGUUUCUGCGUGCUCGCAAAUUUGAUUACAACAGGUCCUUUAGUCUUUUGCAGAACUACUACAUGCUUCGUGCAAAAAAUGCAAACAUGUACAAGGAUUUUAUUCCAUCUGCUCUGAGAAAUGUCCACCAGUUAAACCUCCAAGGUUUUUUGCCAUACAGGGAUCUUGAAGGCCGUGCAAUAUUUGUUUUCAGGGGAGGCGUUUGGGAUCCCUCUUUGUGUACUGCAGAUGAUGUUUUUCGUGCCAAUGUCAUUUGUUUGGAAAAGCAAAUUGAUGACCCUCUUACUCAAAUAAAUGGAAUUGUUGCUCUAUUGGAUAUGAAAGGCCUGGGUUUCCAUCAUGUGCGACAUUUUUCUCCUAGUCAUGCCCUCAAAAUUGUAUCACUAGUUCAGGAUGCUUUCCCUGCUCGGUUUAAAGCCGUCCAUAUUGUAAAUGAACCUGCGCUCUUUGAUAUCAUCUUAACUGUGGUCAAACCUCUUGUCAGUGACAAAAUCAAGAAAAGGAUUUAUGCCCAUGGAAGCAACAUGUCCAGUCUUCAUUCACAUAUCCCACCUGAAAUUCUCCCAUCAGAAUAUGGAGGCCUUUUGGGAGCUUUCGACAAUUCAGAAUUCAUCGAUCGACUAGCAUCCAAUGAAGAGACUUUCCUCCAAAGCCAAAUGUAUGGGUACAUAUCGCAGAUUGCCGAAAAGGGCGUGAAAAAAGCUGUUAGUUUAGACACUUUUUCCCCUUAUAGAAGAGUGUGCAUACGGUGA